AUUCCGAACCACCACCAUCGAUUAGAAUAGUUAGAAGGAACGUAAACCACGAAUCACUGAACGCGGGGACGAGGUGUGCGAUUGGAUGUGCCUUCACAAAAGAAUCGUGCCAAUCUCAUCAGAGUUUAUCGGCUUAAUAUCUAUGAAAACCUGGUCGAAAACUUGAUUCUGAUCGUUGCUAUUACAGUACAAUACUGCUUCUUUAACCACUGUACUAGCAUGGCGGCGUUAGACAAUUAAGUCAACCGUUUCGCCGUCCGACGUGUGCUCUACCUUUCUAAUCAACACAUUUUCGAUUCAUCAUAGUCACUACUCAGACGAGGACUUAAACAUGUCUCGUAAAAGAUAUGCUGAUGAUUUUGAUGAUUAUAAUGAAGAAGUCAUUGUUCUACCAGAGUCUCCUCCUUCUCCAGAUGAAUAUGAAGAUAAUAUUCUUUACAAAUAUAUGACUUAUUCCAAUGGCCAAGAUAGUCAUAAAAAGACUGCAAAUACUCAUUAUCAACUUGCACCACCUCCGAGUGAUAACAAAGAACCUAGUUAUUCAGGACAAAACACUAUUAAUGCUAAAGCUUCAGUACAAAAACCAGGAAUAAAAGCGACUCCAAUAGUAGACUGGAAGGAGGAAGAAGGAAGAUUAAUGCUUAGAAGGUAUAAAGAUUAUGCUCUAAAUGUUGGUAAGGAUAAAAAAUUCAAGAGCAAAAGAGAAAUGUGGAAUUGUAUUACUGAAGAAGUAAAUGAGACAUUUAAUGUCAAAAGAUCAACAGCUCAAUGCAUGUCUAAGUUUUUCCACCGAUACCAAUCAAUGAAGAAACCAAAAAAGCAAAUUGAAGGAGUUGUUAACUUUCAAGAAGAACUUAAUUCUUUAGAUGCUAUUCAUGAUUUAGUAAUUGAUGAAUUAAUGAAUUCCAAAACUGAAUCUAUUGAAGAUAAAGAAAAGCAAGAGUCAUUAUCUGUAUUAUAUCAAAUUUUACCAAAAACUAUGGUUGAAUUAGCCAAAAUAAAUGCUCAUGCCCAAGAAAGAAGACAUCGUGAAUAUAUGGACUCAAUUAAAGAAUUUGAAAAUAAAUUUUUGGAGAGUGUUUCAAAGAUAAUUGAUAAAUAUUGAUUCAAAAUCUACAGUUACACUCGAUCAUAAAAAUGAAUUUGUAUUGUUAAUAUUUUUUGUGUGUUACUAUUUAUGCUGUUUUGUAAUUAUUG